UUGUAAUAAAAUAAUAUUAGAGUAUCGCCGUUAGCAUUUGUUCGCUAAAGUUCGUCGUCGUAUUCAUCGAAUUCGUCAUCUUCGAUUUAAAUUUCACGCAUAUGUAUUGCUUCAUAGUUGUUCUUCUUGCAGAUCUCUGAUUACAUGAACUCGAAAACUUUGAACUUGGCGAACUUGGCCUUGAACUCGUAUCCAUGGCAGUGAAUCUAACAUCAUUUUACUUUCUGUAUUACGAUCAAUCGUAAUAUAACAUAACGUUUACCAUUUCUACUAUUAUCGGAUGAAAUAAACAUAACAUUAUAUUACAUGACAUAAAAGAGACAUUCAAGAUAUCGUAUCAAAAAUCUUGUAUAUUUUAAAGUUCGUACGUAUCGAAUUAUUGUUUUCGGAAGCUAUGUUAAACGUAGAAGAUAUUAUUUUCAAAAUUGUUACUGUCGAUAAAAUAUUCUUUUCUUUAUUUAUACAAUCCAAAAAGGAUUUUACGUAACGCAGUCAUCCCUCGAUACGCGUAGCAAUUUCGUUCUCAGAAAUGUUUACUCAUUUCGAAAUUUUUUACAAAAUUAUGCGUGUGCAUAGUAUUUUUGUACCAACGAAAAACCCGCGUUGAAUAUCAUUUAAAAUUCAGUACGUGCAUGUAUUCUUUUUUUCUUACAAAAUCAGAUCUUUUUAAACGAAACAAAACAAGUAAUGACACGUAUAUAUACUUUAUAUACGUGCAAUUAAUUAAGACGUUUAAUCAAAUUUUUUGCGCGUAUUCUCCGAUAGCAUUAUUAAUAAGGGAAUUGGAGCAGAAAAACGGCUUCUUAACGUCAGUUGCUUUCCUACGUUAUUUUUUGGGAGAGAAUCCAUUCGGAGAGGAACAAUUGUUUUUAAACAACACCGAGGUCCUUUACGCGUCUCACUUCAACGAGAGCCGGCCGACGAAGUUCAUCAUUCAUGGAUUCAGCGACACCGGAAACGAGGCCUGGGUACGAGGUCUGAUAGACGCGUAUUUGCUUCACGAAGACGUGAACGUGAUCGUCGUGGGAUGGGGAUUCCUGGCAGCCGACUUUUAUCCAAUGGCAGCGAACAAUACGCGUCGGGUAGGCGAGUUUUUGGGCAACUUUCUGGAAUUCCUGAAUCGCGAGUCGAACCUCGAGUACAAGGAUGUUCAUAUCAGUGGGCACAGUUUGGGCUCGCACGUGGCAGGAUUCGCUGGUGCUUAUUUGGAUGGACGUAUUGGCAGAAUAACAGGCUUAGAUCCAGCGAGUCCCCUGUUCGAGACGAUUUCUGGAAUUGUUGACCCGGAAUUGAGAUUAGAUCCGACCGACGCGCAAUUCGUGGACGUGAUCCAUACCAGCGGGUCUGCUUUCGGAUUCUUGGCUCCACUCGGCCACGCUGACUUUUAUCCCAACAACGGAAAGUUCCCGCAACCUGGCUGCUCGUUUAUUCCGACCUCGACUUAUUGCAGUCAUUCGAGAGCACACCAGUUCAUGACCGAGAGCAUAGGUAGCACAGCUGGCUUCAAGGCGAGGACCUGCGAGAACUGGGAGAAGUACGAGGAGAAUCGCUGCGAUUACAAUCCAGUCGUGCUGAUGGGCGAAUACGCGUCUACGUCGUUGCGGGGAAAGUUUUAUCUAUCGACGAACGACGCUCCUCCGUUCGCAAUGGAAUGAAACUUUUAAAGGAUGGAAGCAAAGCUCGAAACGACUGUGUGUGGCGGUGAUCGUGUACUCGCGACGUGAAACGAUCCGUACUAGUCAUUUAUAAGUUACUUUAUUUAUCCAGCGUGAACAGUUUUAUUCGAGGUUUGAAACGAAUCAACGAUACACUCCGAACGAGAUCGAGGCAGGUGGCAAGGCGCCGUCGUUGCAUGCCCGUAGAAAGUACAAAUUAUAUUAAUUAAUCUAGCGCGGUUAGAUGAUAUCUUUUUUCUCGUUCGUGCGCCCUUGUAAAUGAAAGAAAGAAAAUAAAUAUUUUAUUGGUUACCUCGGA